GGGUUGUCCACUCCUUUUGUCGGUCCCUCAUUAUCCUCUCUACUCUUUCACUCCUUUUUACCCCGGUUCAGCGUUGCUUUCAGCGGUACAUCCCAUCUAUCUAGUAUACCAACUCUUUUUACGUCGUUCCCUUGCUUCGACUUUCCUUUGUGUCAUCUGCAUAGAAGUGCUCCGCGUCUAACACCGCCACUACAUCUGAUUCCCCAGUCAGAGCGAGGAGUGGCUCGCUGCUCGUCAGCAUGGAUUUCGACUUCCCUGUUCAUCAGUCCCUGCCCUUUGCGGGGCAUCGCAGCCGGUUGGGUGACUUCCUCACGGCGGAUGUGAUGGUUGCUGCAGGUUCGGCAGCCUUGGUCACUCCUGCUGUUAUGAUCUUAGACAGACUGGUCGUCGAGAAGUCAUCGCACAACCAACCUAUGCUCCCUGCCUUCCGCCGCCACCUCUGGCUCUCCAUCACACAGCCUGCCACCUUCUUGACCUCUCGACCCAGUCUGCUCGUCUGGUCUCUCUAUACAGCCACCUUUGCGGCCGCCAAUGCCACAGAGACCAUCCUGGACCAAGUCUACCCUCAUGUCGACCACGCCAUGGCAGGAGUGGCCACCUUCAUGAGCACCUUUGUGGUCAACUCGUCUGUGGGCAUCUGGAAGGACGUCAAGUUCGCCCAACUGUUCGGCCACAGCAACGCCACCCCUCCCACUCCUGCUCCCAAGACCACGACCUCUGCUGCUCCGUCCCAAAGCAAGAUCCUCCGCUCCGUCAGCCGCACCAUCCCCUUUGCCACCUACUCGGCCUUCCUGGUGCGCGAUGCUCUCACCAUCUUCGGCUCCUUCAGUCUCCCCGCCAUGGUCUCGGCCUCCAUCCCGGACUCUAUUGCCUCCAGCGAAUACCUGAAGAUCCUGUUCGCGCAGCUCGCCAUUCCGGCCUCCAUUCAGCUGGUCAGCACUCCAAUUCAUCUACUCGGGCUUGAUCUCUACAACCGGCCCAUGCAACUUUCGGCCUCGGACCGAUUAAGUCGGGUGAGCAGGGACUGGAUCGGGGCGUCCCUGACGCGUAUGUGUCGGAUUAUUCCCGCGUUCGGGAUCGGCGGGUUCGCCAAUACCGAAGGCCGGGCGUUCCUGCACCAACAAUUGCGGCGAUGUGAGGACUGAUUUUCUGCAAUGGCCAAUCAGGAUGUCAGAAGUUCAUUAUGAUUGUGAAUGACUCAAAGAAAAUCGUUACACCGUUGCCUGCGAUAACCGCACCGAGAAAAUGGGGCCCAUCCCCGCCAGGUGGUCGGCGGUCAAAUAAUGAGUUUCCCGAUCGGGAAACCCAUCCGCCCAUCGGGA